GCCAGUGCGCGUGCGCUGCCUCUGUCGGCCUAGGUCGGGAACAUGGCCGCGCGGUCCUUGUGGGCGUUCCGGCGGCGGGUGCAGCACCUCUUGGCCUCCACUGCCGCGUCCGAUGGCAGGUAAGCCAGCGGAGCAGGCCGUGGGUCGGGGACGUGAGGACAAUGCGGGAUGAGCGAGCCGCAGGGCCAGUUGUGGACAAAAGGACUCACCAAGCCUCUCGGCCACUCCGAUCAGGCGCUCGCCGCCCCGUUUUACAGAGCGGCAAACUGAGGCCCGCAGCCGCGCUUCAUUGCCCGGCGGAGAAGCAAAACUCCUUUACCCUCUUUGAACCUUUGCUCGGAUGUCGCCUCAAUGAGCGCUCCUCAGUCUAUGCCAGUUUAUGGGCUGCCUGCAUCCUUUCAGCACUGCCACCCAGAGAACUGCGGGUGAGGACUGCAGCUCUGAGGACCCUCCGGAUGAGCUUGGGCCCUCUCUUGCAGAAAGAGCCUUAAAGCUAAAAGCUGUGAGACUGGAGAAGGAAGUCCAGGAUUUAACCGUGAGAUACCAGAGAGCUCUAGCUGAUGGUGAAAACAUAAGAAGGCGAACCCAGAGAUGUGUAGAAGAUGCCAAGAUAUUUGGAAUUCAGAGCUUCUGUAAGGACUUGGUAGAGCUGGCAGACAUUUUGGAGAAGACUACAGAGAGCAUUUCUGAGGAAACAGAGCCUGGGGACCAGAAGCUCAGCCUGGAGAAAAUCUUCCGAGGAUUGUCGCUUUUAGAAGCAAAGCUGAAAAGCGUGUUUGCCAAGCACGGCCUGGAGAAGAUGACCCCCAUUGGUGACAAAUACGACCCACAUGAGCAUGAACUCAUCUGUCAUGUGCCGGCUGGUGUUGGGGUGCAGCCUGGCACAGUGGCAUUAGUAAGGCAAGACGGCUACAAGCUUCAUGGCCGCACCAUUAGACUUGCCCAGGUGGAAGUGGCAGUGGAGUCUCAGAGAAGACUGUGAAUGGGCCGUGAGGAACUGAAUGUCCUUCAGAGUGCAGCCACUUGUGUUUCCUUUAUUUAUUAAACUAGGUUUGUAUUGUACAUGAGCUACUUCAUGUGAUCUUGUUGGGUUUAGUCAUAUUGGCUUUCUUUCUAAGACACUCUGUUGAUUUACUGUGACCUGUUUGGUCUGUCUCAUCAGGAGUCUUGCCAUUGGGCAUUUGAACAAUGUGACAAGUGUUCCUAUGGCCUUUAUCAAAAUAUGUUAAAGAAAAUUAUCUUUACAUUUGUACUCUGAUGACUUUCAAUCCAAAAUCUUUUUAAAAGUUGGAAAUGAAUAUAUGUUUACGUAUUUUCAACUGAAUAUUCCUUUCUAAUAGUCCCCAUAACAGGAAUUGUAUAGGAUCUUGUAUUUUGUGGGGAAAAGGAGUGGUUCAACAUUUGGGUACUUAGAUGAUAAAGCUUUAUAGUUGUAUGAAUUUAGAUCAUUUGGGUUAAUUUUUAUAUACAUAGAUUUUCAGACUUUACCUUUUUAAAUUUUAUUUUCCUUUAAGCCAUUUUUGUUCCUGUCAGGUAGACAUUAUAUUCACACUCAUUGUCUUUUUCUGAUUCCCAUUUAUAAGGCUAAAGACCCAGGCAACACUUGGAAGGCAGGGAACAUUGAGAAAUUAAGAUACCCAGUUCCCUUUAUGUCACAUGUAUGCAAACGUAUCACCCCUUUAAUGUAUUGACUUCCUAAAGUUAAUGAGCCUAUAUGUUUAUUCGUUAUUCUUUCAGUCUUGCUUCUUAUAACUGGUGUUCCAUAAAAUGUGUUCAAUGUAUGAGUUAGUGAAUGGAUGCUACAUCAGACUUUAGAAAGGAGGUCACUUAUGGCUAUUUUAAUGCUAGAAGAGGCCUUAAUUAUAAACUAAUUUCACCCUUUCCACUUUUUCUGGCAUAUGAAAACAGUGUUUUUAGAAUUGGACUAAAAAAAAAUUCUCUAAAACUAGUGUACUAAAUUUCACUGAGAACUCAAAUAAGGAACAACUAGAUAACUUAAAUCAUUUAAGAUUUAACAGCUCUUUAAUGAACAUGCAAAGAUGUUCCCAGCAGACAACUAAGUGUUAGCUGUUCAGAUCACAUAGGUUUAGGGUUGUUGUUUUUUCCCUUCAUUGUUUUAAUUGCGUGAGUUUAGGUUUAAGUUAAUUACCCAUAAAAUAAAUCCAUUUCUACUGGAACUCUGUGACUGCUUCCAGUGGAGUGGUAAAAGUUAUCCUCUUAGACAUACAUAAUUCUAGGACACUACACAGACUUAGAUCAAUAGAGCCAUCCACCUAUGAGCCCUACCAUCUCCAUCAGACUUAGACACUUUAAAAAAGAAUGCAUGCUCUUAAAAUGCAAACAAAACACUGGUGGUAAGAUUUUAAAACCAGAACCUCUUAGCAUCCUGCUAAGUGCAUAGUAUAAAUUUAAUGAGCAUUCAGAUUUCACAAUAGGAAUUUGUCUUUGUUUUGGCCUGUGUUCCUUUGAGAUUGACAGAUGGUGACAAUAAGAAAAUAAGCCAAUUAUAUUUAUUCAUGUGCCCUUGGAUUACAGGCUAUCAUUACCAGUGAAUUAAAAUAACUGUAAUUUUCGGUAUGGAAUGUUCUGAUUACUUGAAGAGUUUUCUAAUAUUCCUUGUAAGCUCCUGUUUUAGUAGUUUGAGAAUAAUUUUAGAUUCUUUUUUUAUUUAGUAGUUUUGUGGACUUAAAGGUGUAAAUUUAGAAAAUGGAGCUAGACAGUACGAAUCUCAAGUUGAAGGACUUUUGAGAGCCAGAGCAGCAUAAUCAAGCAUAGGCUUGGUAGGUAUAUACCUGAACAUAAAUCCCAGCUCAGUCGUCAUAACCUUUGGCCCCAUUCAUCUCACCCUUCUGAGCCUGCUUCCUUAUUUGUAAAAAUGGUUAUAAUCUUCUCACAGUAUUGUGAGGAUUAAAUGAAAUGUGUAACUUGCCUAUUUUAGUAGGCCCUCAAAUAUUUAUUUUUAUUGCUUUUUAUUAUACACAUUGUUUUUCCUGUUUUUAUAGCUGCCUAAAGUCUAGGGAAAGGGGAAUACUGGUUGAGAGGUACUUAACUAUUCAAACUUACAAGCUAAUCAGAGUGAUGUAUUUUUCUUCCAGCUUCUGGUUGUUUUGGGGUUUGGUUUUGUGUGUGGUGUUUUUUUUUAAACCAUAAUGCAAGAAAUCCACAUUUAGACUGAUUGAGCAAUAAAAUUGUGUUGGUGCUCUGAAUCAUUUUCACCUUGAUGGUAAUGUGAAAAGACAUUGGUUUGCAGUGGAUAUGGGACGAAACUUUGGCUCAUGUAAAGAAGGGGUCUUGGUGUUUUGGUACUUGGAUUCUAGCAGAUUUUUCCCACUGCCGUAAAGGAACCAGUCAGUACAAUCCUGAUGUAACUUCUUUGGUGCUUUCAUGGCAAAGGAUUUGCUAAGUGAAGAAAGGCUCUUAAACACUAAAACAAAAUCAAAGAGGGAAAACUAAGGAUGAUAUAUGAUGUUCAGAAAUAACGAAUAAAACCCAACUUGAAAUAA